CUGGGCCAGGAAGUUCAUGUACCUGGGUGUCACCCUGGAUGCACAUGACAUGUGCGGAAAUGAAAUGUGCGGAUCGAGUCGCGUGUAAAACGCUUUGUCUAGACACGCACCAAAAUUACAUUUAAUUACACAUCAUCUUGAAUUGACCUAUUAACCCGGAUGAUAAGAAGAGGGCACACAACGAAUGAUAAAAAUUUCUUUCCUUUAUUCUAACACGGCACUCGUUAACGUAAUGUCUUCAAGCAAAUUUCAACUUUGGGGUGGGUGUUUUGAAGAGGAACCUUCGUCGGUGCUUCGACGUUUGAACGAUUCUUUACCGGUGGACUUUAGAUUAUUUCGUGAAGAUAUACAAGGAAGUCGCGCGUGGGCAGAAGAAUUAUUUCAGAGCCACCAUUUGUCGGCCAAUGACAAUCUUGCUAUACAAAAAGGUCUUGACAGUGUCGAAAAAGAAAUAGAACAAGAACUAACAGAAAACGGCAAGCUUAAAGAUGCUGAAGAAGACAUACAUUCUGUGAUCGAAUGCAGGUUAUUCAAGCACAGUGGCGAUGCAGCCUUUCGUCUACACACAGCACGUAGUCGUAAUGACCAGUCUGCCACUGACACCCGCCUUUGGAUGCUUGCAUCCUUGCCAAAGCUGACAUCUGCUAUUGUAGAACUUAUAACGGUACUUGCCACUCGAGCUGAAAAUGAGAUAGAUAUUAUAUCUGCUGGCUAUACUCAUCUACAACGUGCUCAGCCAGUAAGAUGGAGUCAUUUUUUGUUGAGUCACGCCUGGGCUCUCCGCGAUGACGUAACAAGACUUGAAGAGCAAAGAAGUAGACUCUCACGUUGUCCACUCGGCAGCGGUGCAUUAGCAGGUUGCGCUCUAACCAUUGACAGAAAAAGACUUGCGCUAAAUCUUGGCUUUGACGAUAUAAUGCCUAAUUCCAUGUUUGCGGUUGGUUCUCGGGAUCACUUAGUGGAGUUCUUCAAUUGGGCGUCAUUAUGUGCAUUGCAUCUUAGUCGUUUAGCAGAAGAUCUUAUCAUUUAUAGUUCUCAAGAAUAUGGGAUUGUACGUUUCUCGGACCAAUUCUCUACGGGAUCAAGUCUGAUGCCACAGAAAAGAAAUCCAGACGGUCAGGAAUUGAUUAGAGGAGCAGCAGGCCUUUUCUUGGGCGAGGCUUUUGGUUUUAGUUGCGUUUUAAAAGGAUUACCUAGCACGUACAACAAAGACUUACAGUCUGAUAAAGAACUACUAUUUCGAACCUACGACAGAUUACUCGACUGCCUUAAAAUUUCAGCCGGGUCCAUUCGCACAAUGAAAGUGAAUAUUGAUAGAGCCUUGAACUCUUUAGAACCCGGAAUGUUGGCUACAGAUUUAGCUCAUAUGCUAGUCCGCCGAGGAGUGCCGUUUCGCAAAGCACACCAUCUUGUCGGGACUGCGCUUUUACGAGCCACCAACCUUGGAUUGGAUCUACGAAACCUGCCUUACUCUGAAUAUAUCGCUAUAUGUCCUGAAUUUGGUACAGAAGAAGAACUAAAAGCGGUUUUUUCGUGGGAAGCAAGCGUAGAACAAUACACCAGCUCCGGAGGAACUGCCAGAAAAGCUGUCAUUAAUCAGCUAGAAAUUCUACACAUUUGGUUACAAAAAUACAAUAAAGAAUGCAUUGUUUGAGAGCGCCUAUCAUGAUACCUUAAACUUUUCAUUUAAAUCUAUUCAAUUGGAAAUUAAAAAGCUUUGUACACGUAAAUAAAAUGUUGAGCCUAGUAUAAAGAAUAUGUGCUUAAUUAUUUUUACUCAGCAAUUAAGCAACGAAAGCUUAAGA